UGACGGCGACGGCUGGUGAGAUGAGUGACGGCGGAGCUAAGGCGGAGGAGACGGUGCUGAGAGUUGCAGAAAUCGGUGGAAGAGGAAGGAGUUUAGUGGCGGCACAGUCUCUUCGUGCAGGACAAGUUGUUCUCAGAGAGUCUCCUCUCCUCCUCUACUCUGCUUUUCCUUUUCUCUCAUCUGCUUCCUCUCCUUACUGCGACCAUUGUUUCCGGCUGUUAUCUCAAUCGGCGCGGAAAUGUCAAUCCUGCUCCCUCGUGUCCUUUUGUAGCCCUAACUGCCUCGCCUCUCACACUCCCUGGCUCUGCGAAUCCCUUCGCCGGAUUCACCAAUCAUCAUCCGCCGCAUUCGCCGAUCAACCUUCUGAACGCCAAGUCCAAGCUCGCUACCUCCUCUCCGCCUACAGUCUCGCCGCAGCUUCCCCUUCUGAUUUCCAGAUUUUGCUCUCGCUCCAAGGUAAUGGAGAUCCUACUGAUUCCGCCGCAGCUAAUUUCCUUCACUCUCUUUUAUCCGCCGUGUGUCCACCUCUUCCGGUUCAAGUCUCGCCGGAGCUCACGGCAGCUCUACUGGCUAAGGAUAAGGUUAACGGCUUCGGUUUGAUGGAGCCGUUCUCUGUUUCGAACGAGAAAAGAUCGGUGCGAGCCUAUGGGAUUUACCCCAAGACGUCGUUUUUCAACCACGAUUGUCUUCCUAAUGCUUAUGAGAACGAGGUCAUGGAAGAGAUGGAGGAUGAAGAGGAACAAGAAGAAAUGAAGGAUUCAGAGGGUGAAGAAGAAGAAGAAGAAUCUAGUUUCCCUCACGCAUACUUCUUUGCGAGAUAUAUGUGCGACAAGGAGAAUUGUUUCGGCACUCUUGCUCCGCUUCCGCCAAAGACUCAUGAUGCGUCGAGAGUCCUUGAAUGUAAUGUUUGUGGAAGCCUUAAGGAAGAUGAAGUUGUC